AUGUAUCAUCUUGCACUUCUGUACUACGACAACAGCGCCGGAGACCUCAACCGGGUGGAAUUGGCUAUCAAUCAGUGGCUACAAAUCCUGCAUAUGAAUGCAAGCGAUGACUGGAUUGUUGCCGAUAGACAAGCACGUACCGCUUCAGAGCUUGCUAUCGUCUGCUUUGAGAAAGCUCGACAGUACCCAGACACUGCUGCAAUUUACCUGGAGCACCUAGAAAAUGUCGUAGCGCUCAAACUCGGGGAUGAUACUAUUCAUGGUACAUAUCCAGCGCGGCUUCUUGCUCGGUACCACGCCCUGCACGGCGAUGAACAGAAAAUAAAAAAUGUCCUACGACGCUACAUCAAGCUGAACCUUGAUCUUCUGUCAGAUGAUGAUCCACUCAAUGACUGGCAAGGAUACAAUGGCCUAGCGAUGCAUUUUAUGUUCGCAGGCCAUGAUGCCGACGCUCUAGCCGCUUGGUCAUUAAUAACUCCCAAUGAUACUACGGAAAACACUGAAACUCCCACUACAUCUGACACAAGCGAGCGUAAAAUCGAGGGACCCUUGAGAGACAUCUGCGACGGUGACUGCGGCACCUACUGGACGUCUCGCCGGCUGUCGAGUUCCUGCUCUCGGACUCCUAUAUUAGAUCACUACGAUCAGGACAAGACGCAAAAUGUUGCCCUGUGGCAUGGCUCGGCGUAUUAUCUACGAGGCUGUUCGCUUAACCCAUCCUAA